AUGGGGCAGACACGCACGUCUGACUCAAGCGACAUCAAGAACCCGCCGCUACCCUUUCAAGGCCCUACCGAUUAUCCGGCAGCCAAAGUCCUUACCGUCACCGACAGUUCGAGUACCGCAGAAAGACGACGCCGAGGAAGUGGUGUUAGCGACUGGGGCUCGGGCUUGGCCAUGUCUCCUGUCUUCAGCAACCUCGCCGCGGCCCUUGCCCGCCUACCAUUCUUCAAUGGAUUCGAUGAACCCCGCGCCAAGAGGAAAUGUGGCCCAACCGCCUCCUCAACCUAUUGGGAUACCACCCCCGAUGCCACCAGGGAGCCAAGCAGGGCCAUUCCAACCGUAUACGCCCGUUACAGCGAAUUCUGCAAUGGUCGAAACGUGAAGUGCCAAUUCACCAAGGAGACGAACAGGCGAAUGUCGUCCAUCAAGCAAGUCCAGGAUCUUGAGAAACAGAUGGAUCGAAUGCGCCGUGAAAAUAUCAGCCUGAGGCGCAUGCUUCAAGACCGAGAUGGGCAUUUGGAUUUAGAUCUUGAGGGACUCGAGCAGUUGACCAUUCAUCUCCCGGAGAUAGGCUCCGAUCCCAAACGGCGCAAACGAGCGGCCCCCAUUCACGACCUGUCGAGAGCCCGGGCGAACAUGAAGACCUACUCAAGGGAAUUUGGAAGUCACCUCCACAAUUUCAUCAGGCGCCUCAGGCUGUGGGUGGCAAUAGGCCCCAACCGCCUCUACCCCAAAGACCCGCGGUGGAGCGUCUGCUUCGCUCCUACUAUGCCGCACACGUUUCUUUCCAUGUUUUUCGCCGUUCUAGCGGCGGGUGCCCUCUUCAGCAACGACGCACACACGGAUCGCUUCACACAGCCGCCGGAGCUCCUCGAGGAAGCAAAGCGGCUGAUUGAUCCUUGGAAGGAUGAACACAGCUUAGACUGCUCAAGAGCAUGUGUUCUCAUCUCCAUCUGCUUGAACGAGAUGAAUCUGAAAUCUGCGGCAUGGCACUGGCUUGGAAUGGCCAUCCGAAUCGGGCAGGACUUGGGGCUAUACCUCGACUCCGGUCCAUGGCCUGUUGUCGAGGGCGAGAUGCGUAAGAGAGUCUGGUGGACCAUGUAUGCAUUGGACAGGAGCUUCAGUUUGGAGUCCGGACGGCCUGUGGCGAUCGAUGAUGAGGACUGCGACGUGCCCCUUCCAGCGCCGGUAGACGAUCAUUACAUUCACGAGCAGGGAAUUCACGUUCCAAACGGCGAGGAGCCCCUUACUCACUUCCUCCACGCCAUCAUCCACGUCACGAGAUCCUAUACAGCGCUUCUUAAGACGCUACGGAGCCCCAUGAUCGCACCGACUCGAUUAGCAACAUUCGACCAACACUUUGGCCCCCAUUUCAUCUUGCCCCUCACCUACCUCCUCAACGCGAGGCUCAUCCUGCACCGGCACAACCUCAACCCCUCGUGUCCUCCGGACGUACGGCUCACGGCGGUUGAGCAGUGCUAUCACACGGCCUCGGAGACGGCCAGCCUCAUCGCAAGAACCAGCCGAGAUUUGGCGGACUCGGCCACGGAGCUCUUUGCCAUACACACCUUCCGCUGUGUUCUCUACCUGCUCCUGCUAGGUGACGUUGAUCGGGCGAUGACCUGUGUGAGGGCGCUGGCGAGCAUCAGCGGAAAACGGGACGUUGCGAUACCCUGUGGGCGGUUCCUAGCGUUUUUCACAUCGACUUUAGCGGCAAAGCGGGCGGAAUACGCAACCAUGUUGGCACGCACCACGCCGCCGCAGCCAUUCGCGCCACCCCACGGCCGACCCGGACCCACGCCGCUACAGGAGCUUCUCCUUCGCGACGAAGAGCUACUCGUCUACGUUUCAGCCGACCAGCAAGGCUCGCUCGACGGAUCGUGGAUUUGGGGGAGCGGAGCACGACCAACCCCCACGCCACAAGGGACGGGUAGCAGCGGAAACUGCCUCAGGUCUCUCGAGCACAGAGUUGGUCUUUCGGAGGACGAGGCUCGAGAGUGGGGAGGUUGGGACAGGCUUGAAGCCUCCAUCAAGUCCCUCACCGGGAGAGGAGCGAUUCCCACGCCGACAAGCGCGACUUGGGCACCGCCGGCCAUGGGCGGGUCGAUGGCAGCGCCUAUCAAGCCGGAGGGUGGGGGCGGGGGUCCGGUCAACCUCGGACCGCCGCCAACGCCGGGAACAACGACCACAACGCUCGCUACAGAGGGAAGCCCUGCGGAAACCAAACAGAAGAAUCAGGGACAGGAGCGUAUUUCGAUUGCAAACAUCAUCUAG